AUGUCAUUUGUUUUGUCACUUCUUUACAAUGAGAGUUUGUCAUUGACAAGUAAGAGUUUCAAAGUUUUCUAUUCAUCUUGUGAUCAAUCGAAUGCAUCUGAUUAUUGUUAUUAUCUACCAGAGAAAGAAUCCGAUAGAAGAGUUUUAGAGAUACCACAAUAUCCAGAUUUCAUUUCAAUAAAUGAGACAUUGUGGUCUCCUAUGACUCAAAACUACUCUUGGAACUCGAAAAGCAAACAAAUCAUAGUCAACGGAGGUUAUCUAAAUUCGGUGAUGGUCAACAUAAGCUAUCCUUUUAGUAGUAACAUCAGUGACUACAGUAGCUGUGUUUUAGUAGACCAAGCUUGGAAUCCCGCUGGUGGUCGAUACUUCACUGCCAUUAUCUGUGACUACGAGAAAACACUCUCAAAGGAAGACAUCGGUUUGAUCGUCGGUGGUACUGCAAUCUUUGUAGUUAUAAUAACAAUUACCUUGUUGUUUGUCUACAUCAAAAAGAGAUCUAAACUAUCGAGACUGGCCAAUAAGCUUAGGGAUCAACGUGAGCCACUCAUUACCAAUGAAUAUUAA